AUAGCUACAAACUCCUGCUGUUUCUUCCAGCCCUGGAUGCUCCAAGCAGCAGUGUCUGCUCUGCUGUACUCAGCCAAGACCGACUGCUGUGUGCCUCCUUGCCUGUCAGCCAAGGAGACUGUGAAGUGCGAGGCUGCUGCUAUGACCCUAGGGAUAGGGUGAUGCCUUGUUACUUUGGUAACACAGUGACAGCUCAUUGCACACCAGAUGGCCAUUUUUCCAUUGCUGUCUCUCGGGAUGCGACCCUGCCACCUGUUAUCCUGAACUCUGUGCAACUGGCCAGUGGACACAGUACUGGCUGUGUGCCUGUUGUGAAAAACAAUGCAUUUGUUGUGUACCACUUCCCGCUCCCUGCCUGUGGCACCACUUUUCAGGUGACUGGAGACCAGGUCAUAUAUGAGAAUGUGUUGGUGGCAUCCAGGGAUGUGAAGACCGGGAGGCUUGGCUCUGUCACUAGGGAUAGCACUUUCAGGUUACAUGUCCGCUGUAGUUACUCCACCACUGGGAGCUUCAUUCCCUUGAGUGUUCAAGUCUUCACAUUGCCACCACUCCUUGCUGUGCCCCAGCCAGGUCCUCUGUCCUUGGAGCUGCGUGUUGCCUCAGAUGGAAGCUAUACUUCCUUUCAGACACAGCUGGUGCCUCUGAGUGUUACCUCGGGACUGCUGUUCCCUUCUCAUUAUCAGCGUUUCACCCUCUACACAUUCACCUUUGUGGACUCCACUUAUCAAGAGAUGCUCUCUGGACUGGUGUACCUGCACUGCAGUGCUUCAGUGUGCCACAGAUCUGUACAGGAGUCCUGCACUACCACUUGUCCUGCUAUAGCCAGGGAUAAAAGGAGUGCUGAGCAUCCUCUUGAGGAUGGUGCCUCCCAUGUCUGCAGCAAAGGCCCUGUGAUUUUCCUCCAGGAUGAGAUAAGAUGGGACACAGCCAAGGAUGGCCUUGGAGCAGAUGUGAAUGCUGCAGCCCCCUGGGCUCUGGGGUUUGCUGCUGCAGCAACUGGGGCAGCUCUGUGCAUGGUGUUUGUGGCUGCUGUGCUGUGGUGCAGGAAGAGGUCUGUAAUGCAUGAAAUCGGUAUACUGCAGUUGUAG